UAGGUUCGUUCUCUUAUUUGGUCAUUCAUGACUUAGUGACACUCUUCCGUUUGAUACUUCUUCCCAACCCACAGCUGUACGAUUCUUGCCUGUAUGUACUCAGAUUCAUCACGCCAGAGCACCCCCAAUCCGACACUCAAACGCACACGCUCGUCUGAGCACGUCCAGCUGCCGCAACUAGAGCCAGAUACGUAUCUUCAAGUGUACACGCAUAGAUCACUCCGUCGGCCCUGUGCCACCACACCCGACGAGUAUGAAGACAACGAACGACUCUCGGUGCUGGGAGAGAAGGCCUUCGAUGCUGCAGUGACAACGGUGCUGUUCUAUGAACGUCCGUUGUUGGGGCUCCCUGAGAUGGAGGUGAGUUUGCGGCGCUUGUUCGUUAAAAUCCCUCCAUGUUCAUAGGAGACUAGGCGAAGAAAAAAGACAUAAUCUCCUGGAUGAAAAUCGACUCCUGGGUGCGACGCUAUCAGAUGCGAGAGAAGGUCAGAUGCCAUCCAGAUUUUUUCGAAACUCUACAUACUCCUGAAGUCAGUAUGCUCCAUGGACGCAUCCAUUGUUCAUCCAUGCUCAGUAUAUGAUU